GCUUCUCUCUCGCAUUCACUGCUCUGGUUGUUUUCCGGACUUUCCACAGCUCGCUCGCACAACACUCAUAUCCUCGGGCCGGGUUCUCUCACUUUCGCACUGACUCCAGCUCCUCGUGUGUACGGCCUCGUCAAACCCCUGAGAGCGACUUUCUAAGGAUGGCUUCGUCUGCCCUGCUGCUUCUGCUGCUGGCCCUGGUCAGCGCCGGGACGCUCGUCCAAGUGUUGGGUACAAAUACACUGACUGCUUUGUAUGGAGAGACCAUUGUUAUACCGUGCAACAAUGGAGCUGCGUUACCAGAGGAUCUAAUGUUCAUCAAGUGGAAAUAUGAAAAAGACGAUGGCACUGCUGGCGAUCUGUUGGUCAGACAGUCCCAAAGUGAACCGGGCACAGUUCAGGCCACAGAUGAUUAUGCCCGGCGGGUCAGCAUAGAUGAAAAGAACAACCUGCUCAUCACCGAGGCCACACUUAAAGACGAUAAGACCUUCACCUGCAUGGUUGUGUCAGGCAUCAACAUCCUGGAGUACCCUGUCCCUGUUGUUGUCCACAAGAAACCAUCAUCCGUUCAGAUUCUGGACAAGGCUAAAGUACUUCAGAGGGACAAACCAACAACUGUGGGAACAUGUGUUGCGACAGAUGCGAACCCUGCAGCUAAGAUUACAUGGAGAAAGAAUGGACAGCCAUUAGAAGCUGAUGGGAAAGUCACUGUGAUCACCCCGAACACGAAGCUGGAUCCAGCCACAGGCCUUUCCACCACCUCCUCCAUUCUUCGGUAUGUGGCCACCAAGCAGGAUGUUGGCGCAGUGUUUGCCUGCAUGUCCACACAUGAGAAGACCAAUCAGGAGACGGUCCUGGAACCUAUUCCCAUUCACUAUCCAUCAGAGAAAGUUAGCCUCCUGGUUAUGUCCAAGCGGCCCAUUGUAGAAGGAGAUAAUGUGACGCUGAAGUGUCACGCUGAUGGCAACCCUCCACCCAGCUCCUUCUUCUUCCACAUCAAGGGCAAGAAAAUACAGGUGGAAAAUUCGGACAACUACUCCUUGGCUGCCAUCAACAGAGAGGCUACAGGGGAAUACAAAUGCACCCUGACUGACAAUGAGAAAUUGGAGGCUUCCCAAAGCAUCGUUGUUGGCUUCCUUGACCUGAGUCUGAGUCCAACUGGGAAGGUUGACAAGAGACUAGGGGACGCCUUGUCUGUGAAGUUGGAGAAGAACACCUCAGGGGCUACCGAGGUGUCUUGGACAAAGAAUGGAAAGGCAGUGGAAGAGCCGGAGUUUAGCAAGUUGAGCUAUGCUGACGCAGGAGAGUACAUAUGUAAGGUGUCAAUGAACGGCCUCAUGCGCCGUCAGAGCUUCGAGCUGGUCGUUGAAGGGAAGCCUGUGAUCACCAGUCUGACCAAACACCGGGCUGGUGAUGCCGAACACAAAGUUCUGACCUGCGAGGCUGAGGGAGUACCAGAACCCAGGUUCCAAUGGAGCGUCAAUAACACUAAGGAGGAGAGCUCCUAUAUCAAUGGCAAGGCCACCCAUAAAAUCACUGUGGUCCCAAAGGUGAACCUGACUGUCAGCUGCAGUGUCAGAAAUAGGCUGGGAGAUGACAUCAUGACCAUCAAUGUUUCCUCUGUUUUUAAAGAGGACAGGGAGGAAAAAGGCGCUCAGGAGGAUUCAGACGACCAGUCAAUGGUCAUAGUGGGUAUUGUUGCAGGGCUCCUCAUAGCUGCUGCAGUAGUUGGAUUAAUCUACUGGCUCUACCUGAAGAAUUCAAGGCAAGGAAGCUGGAAAACUGGUGAGAAGGAGUUGGGGACAUCUGAGGAGAGCAAGAAACUAGAGGAAAACAAUCACACUGUUUAAAAGAUGCUCAGUCUGUACUAUGUGGGAUGAAAGAGAAGCAGUUGAAAACAGUCUUGCAACAUCAAGACAGACUCCCAGUUGGUGGCUGAUGUGCUCCAUCAGGCCCCACAUAAGCAGCAACAGUCAGAGUCGUUUUCCACCAAGUCCUGCUCUCAGCCUGCUGUCCCACCUCGCUGUUUGAAGUCUGCAUUGAGGCUGCCUCGUGUUACCGUGUCAUUUUGGUUUUCUUGUGUUGCUGGUGAAUGCUCCAUGUUUUGUUUGAGCAAUUACAUGAGGCUAUGUAGUGGGGUUUCGCCACUUAGUUUUUUCCUCUCCAAAGAAUGUACAUUUCUUUUUAAGGCCUGUAUAACAAAUCAUAAUUCUGUGUGUGUCCUGGCUGAGCAUCCCGAUGAUUGUUUUUGAUUUCUCUUUUUACCUUUCUGUGCGCUGUGUGUGUAAAAGCAUUUGGUUGUGCUGAGAGAAAAAGACACUUCACUGCUGUAUAUCCCCUAAGAAACAGAAACUUUUUAGGACAUGCCAUCUCUCAACCUCCUCACUUAUGUUCACUGGGCUUUAAACACUGGAAAAGUGAUUGUUUGAAUAUUUAGAUAAUGGAUCCCCUGUCAACAAGAGAUGUAGUCAUUUUAAAUAUGGAACUGUAUGUACUAUUUUCCCUCUUCAGUUCUUUUCACUUUUUGUAAGUCAAUAAGUCAUCAGGAAGGUACAACUUUUAUGAACUUUUGUGAUUUAGUUGAACACACUACAUUGCUGUCUUCAGUUUUGCUCCAUUCUGUUCAGGCUGAGACCAUGUUUAUGUUAUUUUCUCAUAUCUCCGUUUUGAUAGAGCUUUACUGGUAACAGGUCUCAAUGUUCUCUGUGGUUAUUUUAUGUUGUUUUUGUUUUUAUUUUCCUUUGUGUGUGUUUUUGGUGUAUUUAUAUUCUGCAUGUAACCUACCUUGAUGGCUGUGCUGCAGCAUGCACAAUAUUUCUUUUUAACGCCUGUGAGGAAGGCAUCAAGUGUUGAAAAGAUACUGAGCGGUAUGAUAAUGUGAGUUAAUAAGGACUUUGUAUCUUUUCUCAUUUUCUGCUGUAAUGUUGUCAUUAUUAUGUUAUUUUAGCUAAGUGGCGUGAAGAAUAACCCAAACUGAAGAGAGCGGCUGCAAAAGGCAGAUUAGAAAAAAAUCAUGGCUCCCUGGUUUGGCAUCAUUCUGCUCUUGUUCAUCACACAAGGCAGCGACCGGAAAAAUUGUUGACAACAUUGUUUGACAGGAAUCAUAAAUCUUGUUAAUAUUUCAAGAAUUUACUUUUUACACAACCUUUGAGUUUGUAACAUGUAAAUUUGUUGGAUGCAUUUGAAUGAUUAACUCAUAUUCUUCUUGAAAAUACCAGUAGGUUAAGCCUAUUGCCAAUAAUGAGCUAAAAUGUGAACUCCAUUAGUGCGAUGACCAAUGAAGCACACUUUCCUGACCAGCAUCUUCAAAAGGAGAACCGUUUGGAUUAAGAGGUUGUUGCUAAACUGCAUGACAUGAAAGCAGUGGAUCAUUUUUAAGCACCUAUUCAAUCUUUAUUUAGUUCCUUAUAAAAUAAUCAGGUCAGCAGUGAAACCAAAGAGGGUACAAUGAGAAGGCCAUAGCAGAGAUGUAAAUACACCCUUUUGUUUUUUGUACUGUUGUUGACAAUAAAGUGUACAUUUUGAAAAAAAAAAAUCAUCCAGGGCAUUGUGUGGAUUAAAAGCUCCCGUUCACCAUC